AUGGAAGAGGCACAGAGUUCAAAUUAUAACUCGAUUGAGAACAAACUGGGCUUCAAUAUAUCACAACUUAACGGGCAAAGCUUUCACGCAGUUGAGUCUGGCUACUCUUUGAAUCUUGAAGACGAAAUGAACAACAAUAAUGGCACGAAAAAAACUCCGUUUCCGAAUUUGACGUCGACUUGGUUGAACGAGUUUACUUCAGUUGGAAACAGUUCACAGUUUGGUUUUAUCGACAGUGAAAUAAUAAUCGACGCGAGCGAGGGGUUUCCAGAUAAAACCGGCAGCGAAGGUUUAGCUAACGGACUCAGUAUUUCGCAUUUGAACAUUGAGAAUCGAAAUGACUUUACCGGUAGCCAAGAAGAUGAUACGAAUAACGGUCAAUUGAUCGGUAACGACUUCGUCUUUUCGAAGGCCAAGCACUUUGACCUCGUGAGAGAGGGUGUAUGUAAAAUAAGCCCUAAAAAUCGAAAUUCAUCCGAGACUUUGACAAAGAGUGAUGAGAUAGAUGGUUUUGUGAAAGCAUUUGAUGAACCUUUGGACGAAAAUAUUCUCCAAAUGUGCAAAGAUCGACCUGUCGAAUCCGCUUACUUCGAAAUGAGGAAGCUUAAACAUUCUGGCUUAGUCAGCAAUGAUGAGAGAGAAAACGUGAACUGCAUCCAAACGGAUCCAAAGCCUAAAAGGGAAAAUACAAAUUACACAGUUGGUGUUGGCGAAUUCAGUACCACGAAUUUGGUUUCCAGCAAAAAGAUCAUACAAUUGUCCAGCCUAACAGGACGCGAUGGUUAUCGGACUGCAAGAACAAGGAAACGUCGAAGCGAAACAAGAUUUUUAACCAAUUUUGUGGAUUUUAGUCCAGUCCCGAGCCCCGAAGCCGAAGUACCAUCCCUAUCUCCGACUACCACAAAUAAAUACAUUCAGGAUGAUGAGUUAAUAACUAUUGAUACAAAGGAACUUAAUAGGCGCGUGAAGUCUCUACCCAAAACAACCAUUCAAGCGAUCAAACAUCGAAGGAGAACUUUAAAGAAUCGCGGGUACGCCCGGUCGUGUCGUGAGAAAAAGAAUACUGAGACAAGCACCUUGCAAAGAAGUAAGGGGGAUUUGGAAAAAGAAUUUGCCAGUACAAGUUUUGAUUUGCAGCUAGCGAAACUAGAACGUAACGACUGGAAGAGUAAAUAUGAACAUUUAGCUUCGGCCUUGCAGCAGCGAGGUGCACAUGUACAACAGUAG